GCAGCAUCCGGGUGCAGACGUGGCACACAGCGGCUAAACUUCCGGCGUAUGUGUUCGACAUCCGAGGCGGAGACGGCGUAAGGGAAGGGAUUACUGGAAAUUUCACUCUGGAACGAAAGGUCCGAAAGUACGGCGAGAAAGCCAGACGAAGGGCCACGGGCGAAUUGAUCCGAGGGCGACGACUGGGGACAGCUGUCCGCUGGACUCGCUCAACACGCCAUUAAACCCUGUUGGAGAUUUAGGGAUGAACUUUAGGAAUGAAUGUUAACCAGCAAGCGCACAUGGCCUCCCCGUAUGGACAGCCACCGCCCGGUUACCAGGGAUACGCUCAGCCCGGCUACGGGGGGCAGCACAUGGCCGGGGGCUACCCCGCCCAGUACUCGCCCUACAAUGGCCCCGCCCCUGGACACCAGCAAGGAGCCCCCCCUCCAGGAUAUUCUCCUUACUCGAGCUUUCCCUCUAAGGCCCUCGAAGCAAAUGUAGUUUCCGACCUGUCCUGUCCCUCUCCUCUUGACCUGGGUACAGCACGACAGCCCCCAAACUCUGGGGCUCCCCCCGUCUCAGCCCCGCAGGCCUACAGUAAUUACCCCCAGGGAGGGGUGCUGAACGGCCCCCCCUCCAUGAACAGCCAGCCGCAGAGGCCACCUGUUUCUCAGCCCUACGCCCAACCCCAGGCCCAUCCUCCCACCACCCAGCCGGCCUAUCACCAGCAGCCGUACGGCGCCCCGCCCACAAGCACACAGCAGAUGACCAAUCAGAUGGCUGGCAUGCAGAUCAGCUCCACUGCACCAUCCAUGGGAGCUCCCGACUAUGGCCCGCCCCCCUCCUCUCAGGCUCCUCCCACCACUUUUGCGACCUCUGCCCCGCCCUCUUUCGCCCCUCACUCGACCCCCGCUUCCCAGCCCCAGGGGCCCCCUCCUCCUCAGUACGGGGCGCCCCCCCCUUCCUCGCAUGGGCCCCCCCCCUUCAUCACAUGGGCCCCCCCCUUCUUCACAUGGGCCCCCUCCUCCCUCACAUGGGCCCCCCCUUCAUCACAUGGGCCCCCUCCUCCCUCACAUGGCCCCCCACCUUCUUCACAUGGCCCCCCACCUUCUUCACAGCCGUCUUUCCCCGGAACUGCCCCUCCCCCCUCCUCCCUGCCACCCUUUUCGGGGGGCGCCCCUCCUCCCCCUCAGCAGUCCUUCUCCUCCGCGCCCCCUCCCUCGCAGCCGGCGUAUUCCGCCGCCCCCCCGCCCUCCUCUCAGCCCUCGUUCGGCGGUCCGCAGCCCCCCUUCACCGGGACGGUCCCCCCUCCCUCCUCCCAUCCUCAGUUCCCCGGCGGCCCCCCCCAGCAGCCCCCCGUCUCCCAGCCCGGCCCUUUCCAGCAAGCCCCGCCCCCCGCCGCCGGCUUCCCCCCCCCACCGACGGGGGUGGGCGCCCCCCGACCCCCAGGCAUGCAGGGACCCCCGCUCCCGCACCAGUCCCUGUCGGGUCCGGCCCUGCCCCCGCAGCCCAAUCACGUGGCUGGAGGGCCUCCCCCCGGCCCCCCCACGGGAGGCAUGCCCGGACCCCCCCCACCGGGAGGGCUGCAGGGCUACCAGCCGCAGCAGAACGGUGCGUUUGGGCAGGUGAGGGGGCCCCAGCCUGGCUAUCCGGGCGGGUAUCCCGGCCAGCCCACCGGCCCGGCGCCCGCCCCCGCCCCGGCUCCGCCCCCCCAGAAGCGGCUGGACCCCAACUCCAUCCCCAGCCCGCAAGCGACAGAACUGCAGCCCGUGCAGAAAACCAGACAUAGAAUAGACCCAGACGCUAUACCCAGCCCAAUUCAGGUGAUCGAGGACGACAGAGCCAGCAAGAGCGGCGAGCCCUUCACCACCGGGGUCAGAGGUCAAGCUCCGCCCCUCGUCACGACCAACUUCCUGGUCAAGGAUCAAGGGAACGCCAGCCCCCGCUUCGUCCGCUGCACCGCCUACAACGUGCCCUGCACCUCCGACAUGGCCAAGCAGUCCCAGGUGCCCCUGGCCGCCGUCAUCAAGCCGCUGGCCCCCUUACCGCCGGACGAGAUGCCCCCGUACCUGGUGGACCACGGAGAGAGCGGGCCCAUCCGCUGCAACCGCUGCAAGGCCUACAUGUGUCCCUACAUGCAGUUCAUCGAGGGCGGCCGCCGCUUCCAGUGCGGCUUCUGCAGCUGCGUCACGGAAGUCCCGGCGCAUUACUUCCAGCACUUGGACCACACGGGCCGGCGUGUGGACAGCUACGAGCGGCCGGAGCUCUCCAUGGGCAGCUACGAGUUCCGCGCCACCGUCGACUACUGCAAGAACAACAAGCUGCCCCAGCCCCCGGCGUACAUAUUCCUGAUCGACGUGUCGUACAACGCCGUCAGGAGCAACCUGGUCAGCAUCAUCUGUGAAGAGCUGAAGACGCUGUUGGACUACCUGCCCAGGGAGAGCCCGGAGGUGGACUCCGGCGUCAGGGUGGGCUUCGUCACCUACAACAAGGUGCUGCACUUCUACAACGUCAAGGGCUCCCUGGCGCAGCCGCAGAUGAUGGUGGUGUCGGACGUGGCCGACAUGUUCGUGCCGCUGCUCGACGGCUUCCUGGUCAACGUGGGCGAGUCGCGGGCCGUCAUAAACAGCCUGCUGGACCAGAUCCCGGAGAUGUUCGCCGACACGCGUGAGACAGAGACCGUGUUCGGUCCGGUCAUCCAGGCCGGGCUGGAGGCCCUGAAGGCUGCCGACUGUGCCGGGAAGCUCUUCAUCUUCCACUCCUCGCUGCCCAUCGCCGAGGCCCCUGGGAAGCUGAAGAACCGCGAGGACAAGAAGCUGGUGGGCACGGACAAGGAGAAGUCUCUGUUCCAGCCCCAGACCAGUUUCUACGGCAACCUGGCCAAGGAGUGCGUGGCGCAGGGCUGCUGCGUGGACCUCUUCCUCUUCCCCAGCCAGUACGUGGACGUGGCCACGCUGGGCGUCGUCCCCGUCUCCACCGGCGGCUCCGUCUACAAGUACACCUACUUCCAGGCGGACAUGGACAGCGGGCGCUUCCUGAACGACCUGCGCCGGGACGUGCAGAAGAACAUGGGCUUCGACGCCGUGAUGAGGGUCCGCACCAGCACCGGUAUCCGAGCGACAGACUUCUUCGGCUCCUUCUACAUGAGCAACACCACGGACGUGGAGCAGGCCGGCCUGGACCCUGACAAGACGGUAACCGUGGAGUUCCGCCAUGAUGACAAGCUCAGCGAGGAGACCGGGGCGCUAAUGCAGUGUGCUGUGCUCUACACCAGCUGCACCGGUCAGAGGCGGUUGCGGGUUCACAACCUGGCGCUGAACUGCUGCUCCCAGCUGGCCGACCUGUACCGCAACUGCGAGACCGACACCCUCAUCAACUUCUUCACCAAAUACGCGUACCGCAGUGUUCUGAGCAGCCCCACCAAGGCGGUGAGGGACACCCUGGUGAACCAGUGCGCCCAAAUCCUGGCCUGCUACCGCAAGAACUGCGCCAGCCCCUCUUCAGCGGGACAGCUCAUCCUGCCCGAGUGCAUGAAGCUGCUGCCCGUGUACCUGAACUGCGUGCUGAAGAGCGACGUGCUGCACCCCGGGGCCGACGUCUCCCUGGACGACCGCGCCUACCUGCGCCAGCUGCUCAGCUGCAUGGACGUGGCCGAGAGCCACGUCUUCUUCUACCCCCGCCUGCUGCCCCUGGUGAGUGCCUCCGGGCCUGUUACUGCCACCCGCCGGGGCUGUUAG